CCUUGAACUACCGCGGGAAACUCAUUGCUUGCACUGAAGGAUAAGCGCGGUCCGUGUAGGUUAUUUACAUUGCAUAAUGUCGAAAAAAAAAGGUCUCAGUCUUGAGGAGAAGAGGACACGCAUGAUGGAGAUUUUCUUCGAGACAAAAGAGGUGUUUCAGCUGAAGGACAUCGAGAAAAUCGCCCCCAAGACUAAAGGAAUAACACCCAUGUCAGUGAAGGAGGUUCUCCAGAGUCUGGUGGAUGACAACAUGGUGGACUGUGAGAGAGUGGGCACCUCCAACUACUACUGGGCCUUCCCUAGCAAGGCCCUGCACGCCCGCAAGCGCAGGUUGGAGGACCUGGACAAGCAGCAUACCGAGGCGAAGCAAAGGAAGAUGUCUCUGCAGCAGGCUGUCGACAAAGCAAAAGUAGGACGUGAAGAUACAGAGGAGCGGGCCUCUCUUCUAAAGGAGCUGCAGGCUCUGAGGGAGAAGAGGAGUCUUCUGAAGGCAAAGCUGGAGAAGUACAGGGAGUGUGACCCUGAAGUGAUCGAGGAGAUGAGAAAGUCUAAUGUCACAGCUAAAGAGGCAGUGUCCAGAUGGACAGAUAACGUCUUUGCCAUCAAGUCGUGGGCCAAGAGGAAGUUUGGUUUCGACGACGGACGCAUCGAUAAAGCCUUCGGGAUUCCUGAAGAUUUUGAUUACAUGGACUGACUGCACAAUCUGUAAUUUCAAUGAAUUGUUUUUGUUAAUUGAGUGACCUCCAUUGCACACAACGCAAGUCAAACAUGUUACUUUAUGUUGAAAGGACACUAAAUCCACUCAGACAAGCUGCCAUUUUGGCAUUCGCUCAAGGCCCUUGCAGGUGCAAAUGCCGCUUAUGUGGAACCUGAGAAGGCGCUGUGCUAACCUUUGGGCUGUUCCGUGGUGGUGGGGGGGCCUACUUUUGGGACACCUGUUUGCAUGAAAAUCGAGAGCCCAGUGUCGUUGACGGAAAUUAGCUGUGUACACUUCAACCCCCCCCCCCCCCCCCCCCCCCCCCACACACACACACACACACACACACACUCCACACACAGAAAAAGAGGCGGUAUAUCAAACACCCAUGCGAUGUUAAAAAUCUAAUCUUCCCUGAUUUAAACAGAUGGAAAUGAAAACAGCCACUCAUGUUGUUUUUGCUUCCCCCCCCCCCCCAUGUCCCUUAUCUCUCUUUUCAUAAUUUACUUUGACAAAAGAAGCAUCUGCCACUGUGGCACCAGGACUGACUGAACUUGCCUUUUCUCAUGUUUAAAUCAAAAGACGGAGAGGGUCGUUGUGGACAAAAGGUGCUUGGUGAUUGACAAUGCAGUGGUGUGGAGAGUGACGCAAGGAGCACCGAAACACAAAUGGAAGCGCCACUGAAAUAUCGUUGAGGCUGUACAGUGGGAAUAUGUUUAGAAUUCACAAAAUUUAGAAGCUCCAUAAAUUAUAACUCCCUGUAAAUGUGCUUUAUGGUCUUGUGGUUCUGCAGAGUCUAGACUGAGGUGUUCAGGUUUUGUUGUUGAAAACAUGAUGGAUGAUCCCUUUGAAUGGUAACAUUUCAAUAAAGUCUUAGAGUUAUGUUUUAUCUUA